AUGAUCAUCAGAUUCUUGUUCUUGCUAUUGAUGAAAUGAAUGCGCAGGUUCUGAAAGAUCGUGGCUGGAUUAUCUAUCUGGGUCUGGGGAAAAUACAGCUCAGAGUUAUCUCUGGUGCUCCCUCUGAUGACUCAGGUCCUUCAAGCGAACCUACAACACAGUAAGGCUGCCACGGCUGUGUUCUGUCUGAGCACGGUUAAGCAGUCCUUAGAUUAUGCCUUGAUUCAAGAACCCUGGAUCAAUAAUUUUAGAAUUGCGGGGAUGGGAACUAUAAAGGGUAGCAUCUUCUCUGCAUCUGUACCACACCCUAGAACUUGCAUUUGGGUUAAAGAGGGGCUAAAAUGUAAUCCAGUUCUAGAGCUUUGUUCGAGGGACGUAACAGUAAUUAAGACUGUAUGUACUAAAUCCAACAUAAAUCUGCUGCUGGCCUCUGUUUACAUGCCACAGGGCGACGAUGGACUGCUCCCAUCGGCCGAGGUCAGAAGAUUGGUCGACCUCGCACACGAGUCUGGAUCUGAACUCGUGAUAGGCUGCGACUCCAAUGCCCAUAAUACGGCCUGGGGAUGCAGGGACACUAACAACCGAGUGCAGCAGGAGGAGGUGAGUCCAGAGCGGCCUAACCUGGGCCGUCGUGCCACUCAUUCUAUGUGGAGCACUGCUUGCCGCAUAGUCACCUUCAGCAAGGUAAGAUGGGCUGUUGGCUUAUUACGACCCUUCAAAUCGCCGGGUCCUGAUGAGGUAAGACCUGUUUGUUUGCAGGAGGGUCUUGAUACAAUUAUACACCCACUCUGUAAACUUUUCAGAGCCAGCUUAGCGUUAGGACAUAUUCCCUUAGGGUGGUGUAAUUCGCGUAUCGCAUUUAUUCCUAAACCAGGAAGGGAUAGUUACACUGACCCUAAGUCAUUCAGACCCAUUUCUCUAUCUUCUUUCUUUCUUAAGAUCCUAGAGAAGUUGGUCUCAAGAUAUAUGAUGGAUACAGCUCUUAGGACACAUCCUUUACAUAUUAAUCAGCAUGCGUAUGUCUCAGGAAGAUCAUGCGAGACUGCGUUGCACCAACUUGUAAGCAAGAUUGAGAAAGCUCUAGAGAGCAGUGAAGUGGCCCUGGGUGCCUUUCUCGAUAUUCAAGGUGCUUUUGACAAUACUGGUACUCCAGCGAUUCUUAAUGCGGUGAGAGCAAGAGGUUUUCACGGUAUAAUAUGUAGAUGGAUUGAAUCCUUGCUUCUCAGUAGGAAGGUUAGGCUCUCACUCCACAAUGAUACGAUCGAGGCAAGAACUACUCGAGGAUGUCCUCAGGGGGGGGUUCUUUCUCCUCUACUUUGGAAUUUGGUAGCAGACGACCUUAUAAGGACCCUCAACGAAAGUGGGGUUUUCGCCUUAGGUUAUGCUGAUGAUGUUGCAAUCCUUGUGGUUGGAAAGUUCCACGGAACCAUAACUGACCUUAUGAAUAGAGCUUUAAGGGUAGUGGACCGUUGGUGCCAGGAUGUUGGGCUCUCUAUAAAUCCCAGGAAAGUUGUAAUGGUACCCUUCACAAGAAGGAGGAAACUGGACGGGAUCGGCCCACUAAGACUGCAGGGUACUGUAAUAGAGCUGCAGAAUCAGGUGAAGUAUCUUGGUGUAAUUUUGGACAGAUCACUUCACUGGGGACCACACCUUCAAAAAGUCAUUGAGCGUGGCAAAUGGUCCCUUAUGGCAUGCAGGCGGAUGGUAAGUGGCACAUGGGGGUUACAGCCUAAACUUAUGCACUGGCUGUAUGUAUCUGUUGUUCGACCCGCCCUUACAUAUGGUUCGCUUGUGUGGUGGCCAAAGAUGGAAUCAACUAUAGCUGUCAAAGCUUUAGCAGGAGUUCAGAGGCUUGCUCUUAUUAUGAUAACUGGGGCAGUAAGUAGCUGUCCUGGAGCGGCACUUGACUGUCUGCUUGACAUGCUACCUAUUGACAUUUAUAUUAAGGUGGUAGCAAGUAAAACAGCCCAACGCCUUAGAUGCGAAAACUUAUGGAUAGCCUCAGGGAACAAUAAAGGGCACUCUAAAAUUGUUCAGGUGGUACAUAAUGAUGAAUUGGACUUACCUUCAGAUCACAUGUCCAAAAAAUACUCCUUUGGAAAGCCUUUCAAAGUACUAAUACCAGAUAGGAAGGAUUGGUCUGGCGGAAAAGGACCCAUACCCACAGGUGACUUAGAAUGCUAUACUGAUGGUUCUAAGAUCAAAAAUGGGGGCACUGGAGCAGGUGUGCAUUGGAUGAAUGGAGGCACUGGUAUUUGUCUUCCAAUGGGGGUGUACCCAACUGUCUUUCAAGCGGAGGUCACUGCCAUUCUAGUUUGUGCUCAAGAACAUCUUAACAAAGAUAUCAGAGACAAAACAAUCAAUAUCUUUACUGAUAGUCAAGCGACCUUAAAAGCAUUAAACUCUUACGAAUUCAACUCCAGGCUCGUGUGGGAUUGUCUUGCUUCUGUGUCUGAGUUGGGUAGGAGAAAUGACCUUACGCUUUGCUGGGUACCAGGACACUCAGGCAUUGAAGGAAAUGAAGCUGCAGACAGAUUGGCAAAUACUGCCUCUGCGACAUCAUUGUUAGGCCCGCAACCCUUCUGUGGCAUCUCACGAAACAGUGUAUGUUCUGCGAUUGCGUCAUGGGCCAAGGAAAAGCAUCGCAAACGCUGGGUCGAUGUUCCCCUUCUUAGGGUCAGCAAGCUUACUCUGUUUAGGCCUUCCAAAAAGGUUGCCUGUGACCUCUUGAGACUAGACAGACGAAGAAUUAAAUUAAUUGUUGAACUGAUAACUGGUCAUGGAAGAUUCAGGAAACAUCUACAACGGAUGGGCUUAUAUGAUGGUGAACCGAUCUGUAGGUACUGUGAUAGGUCAGAAGAGACAGCUGAUCACUUACUCUUUGAUUGUAUUGAGCUCUCUGACGCUAGAUCGAUAACUCUUGGAAAUAUGGCUAGAGGUAGAUUUCUUCCUGAGGAUGAACUAAUUGGGAAGCUACAGGCAUUCAUUGGGCGCCUCAACUUGUAGGUCAACAAGAAAGCAAUUAAGUAUCUGGGGUGCGCAAUAAUUCGAUUUCGGAUGAAGUGCUUUAAGGUCUCGACCUGCCCCUGUCAGAUAAGAUAAGAUAACUUCCUUCAGUCUUGUUCCUUCUUCCCUUCGCAAUACAUGACCUAGCCAACCUAAUCUUUUUGCCUUUAUCAAAGCUAUUAUAUCAGGGUCCUGGUAUAACGCUCGUAGCUCUCUGUUUUUUCUAAUCCGCCAUUCUCCUUCUUCGUUUACUGGGCCGAAUAUUUUUCUUAGGACCUUGUUUUCAAAAACAAUCAAGCUAAUCUAUCAAAAUGUAAAAAAAAAAAAAAAACACAUUAUUUACCUUCCCGAUAGAAGCAAACCUAGGAACUUCCUAAACUUAAAAUAGUUUUAGUAGAAAAUAAAUCUGCCCAUUAAUAUUAAGGGAAUAUUUUAGUAAAAUCCAACCAGGUAAAUAGAAAUUCGCUUAGUCUGCAGUUUUGCUGCAGCGGGGGUAUUAUGUAGUGGUUGUUUCACAAUGUUUGGUCUUUCUAGUUCAUUUGUAUAGGUCAACGAUAUUGCCCUUUUAUGUAGUCAAAUAUGAAAUCUGAAAAACUGAAGAGUUUUACAAGCAAUCUUAAUCGUUG